UCUUUUCAAGAUUCUUAAAAGCAUACAGUUUCAAUAAAUAGUGAAGGCGUUACAUAAUAUAUGUCAAGAAAACCAAACAAAGAAUGAAAAAUAUUUGUCUGUGAAAACUUGGGGAUCUUGCUUGGAUGGUCGGAUCAAAUGGCGUCUACUCAACAAACAAGCAUUCCUUUGCCUCCUGACCCUGGGGACAAAAUCCAAGGGGAAGACGAGGCACAUUUUUCUUCAGUUCCAAUCCAUGUUGUUACUAAUCCAUCUGAACUACCUGUUGAAUUCUUGGAGCCUUCUCCUGAGACGCAACUGGUUAUUGGUUUUGAUUGUGAGGGUGUUGAUCUUUGUCGCCAUGGGACUCUCUGUAUUAUGCAGCUCGCCUUUCCUGAUGCAAUAUAUUUGGUUGACGCUAUUCAAGGUGGAGAGACUGUUAUCCAAGCCUGUAAGCCUGCACUUGAGUCUAAUUACAUCACAAAAGUUAUUCAUGAUUGCAAACGAGAUAGUGAGGCAUUGUAUUUUCAGUUCGGCAUAAAGUUGCACAAUGUUGUGGAUACACAGAUUGCAUAUUCUUUGAUCAAUGAACAAGAAGGACAAGCACGGGUCCCAGAUGACUACAUAUCAUUUGUUGGUCUACUUGCUGACCCACGUUAUUGUGGAAUAUCUUAUGAUGAGAAAGAAGAAGUUAGAGUUCUUCUAAGACAGGACCCAAAGUAUUGGACAUAUAGACCAUUGUCUGAACAGAUGAUCCGUGCUGCUGCAGAUGAUGUCCGAUUUCUUCUUUAUAUAUACCAUAAGAUGGUGCAAAAGUUGUGUGAAAAGUCCUUAUGGCGCCUAGCUGUCCGUGGUGCCCUCUAUUGUCGCUGUUUCUGCAUCAAUGACAAUCAUUUUGCAGACUGGCCGCCUCUACCUCCAAUUCCAGAAAAUAUUGCUUCUGCUGAUGAAAGUAUCCAUGAGGAAGAAAUCUUGUCUGUUCUUGAUGUACCCCCUGGGAAAAUGGGACGUGUUAUUGGCAGAAAGGGAGCUUCUAUAUUGUCGAUAAAGGAGUCAUGCGAUGCUGAAAUAUUCAUAGGAGGUGCUAAAGGUCCUCCUGAUAAGGUUUUCAUCAUUGGACCAGUGAAGCAAGCAAGAAAAGCCGAAGCCAUUCUAAGGGGAAAACUGCUAGAUUUCUGAUCAGGAGUUCAUGCAGGACUUAUAUUGUAUCUUUAGACUAAGAAAAAGAAAAGGCAAAACACAUACCGGCUCUCGUACUUUGUAUCAUAAAUAAGAAGUUUGUGUGGCUACAAUGUAAGAUUUGAUUUGCUCACCAGUGACAGUUUUUCAGCUACUAGAUUGCGAAUAUUGAGGAAAUGGAAAGGAUGAAAUAAGAAAUUUUAGUGAUGCUCUUAA